CUUUGUAAUAGACGCAAAGGACCGUCUUGGGGUCUGGAACUGGAUUAGCUUUGUUUUCUUGGUCCUGGGAAAGGAAAAGGGGAGCAUAGCGGCGGGAUAUACGACUGCCGACAUUGAACCUGAAGCCUUAAUUGGUGGUGUCGACGAGCACAGCGACGUGGUAAAAGGCAGUAACGACGAGUCACACUCAGCGAACCUUGCUCUUUAUGGGACACUCAGCAAAUUAUGGGUCGCAAACAUUGACUCGAGCCAAGUCGUCACCACGGACGUUUACACUUACAUCAGUGUGAUCGUCGAAGUGAUCAAUGAGGGUCUUCCUCGUGCAUCUUGGCUCAUCAUCGGUGAUAAGGCAUCCCGUAGUAUCUCUUCAAGACUCCAAUUGUCCUAUACUUUGAUCGGUGUUCAGAUGAUUCUGGGUACAUUACUCUCGGUGAUCUUUCUGGGGGCAUCGACCCGACUUGCGGUCCUCUUUGUACCCUCUGCCGUUCGAGAUGCAUCUCUCAAAUACGUUCGUAUUUCCGCCUUCUCCGCAUUGGCAUCCGCAAUGGAGUAUUCCGUGUCGUUAGCCACUCGUGCCCUGGAUCGACCAGACGUUCCGCUUUUGAUCAGCUCUGUCAAAUUUCUCAUCAACAUUAUACUCGACUUGCUACUCAUCUCAAAAGUCCAUGUUCGUGGAGUGACACCCACCGUCAAUAUGCAGGCUGUCAUACGGCUCUGCUGUGAUCUGACCGCAUCCUUUGUUGGCCUCCUCUACUUUAUGUACCGCAACAAACAGGUCCGUAGGCGCGUAGAAGAUGAGACGAUUAGGCCAUCCUUCUCCGCUCUCAAAGUAUUAGCUCGGCCAGGUGUUUUUACUUUUGCAGAGUCGGCAGUUAGAAAUGCACUUUACCUCUGGUUGGUGCACGGAAUCAUCAGCAUGAGUGCCGACUAUGCAACUGCAUGGGGAGUGUUCAAUACAAUAAGGUGGGGUCUGGUUAUGGUUCCCGUCCAAGCAUUGGAGGCGUCCAGCUUGGCUUUUGUUGGGCAUAGGUGGGGCUCAUGGCGAGCGAGCAAGGGGCCAGAUGAUCGAAGUGCAAAAAUGACAAGAGAAGAGCUUCUCAGAAUCGUAGAGCCAGCCUUCAAGUCCGUUGGUCUGGCUUUGGUAGUCGAAGUCCCUCUCUGUAUCUUCUUCUCUAUAUGGGGUGCCAAAUCAUUUGCAUUCUAUCUCUCCGAAUCUGAUGCAGUGGCGAAAAUUACUGUUGGCAACGAUACUACUCGCGACGAUUCCUCGGUGGUAUCUCUACCAGAGCCUGGGCUCAAACUUGCUUUGGGUCCUGCCAUGGGCUAUCGCCGUGGAGAAGAUCAAAAUGACUGCCGACAACGCAUGGAACGGCGAAGACGCAUUCGGCACAUCCGGAGCACCGAACCAACAUCGCACAAGUUGGGUAGCGUAGAACGUCAGGAGGCCGUCAUCAAGUAUGCCAUAGAUAGUGCCCGCAGGCAACCAGCUAGAAGAAUAGCAUCGUACACCAUCCUAGUCGCUUUCAUCACCGUCUUCUUGAUCCUCGGGUUCGGGAGUGGAUACUCCAAAGACUGGGAAAACAUUGAGCUUGGUCUUUCAAAAGACUUCCCGAACUUUGAGCGGAUACCGGGUGAUGGAAUACGGACCAUAGCGGGAGAAGAAUUACGAGAAACGCGCCAUAAGCGGUUCAUCGUCGUUGGAGAUAUCCAUGGGAUGCACAGCAGCUUCAAGAAAAUUCUGUCUUCUGUGUCUUACUCUGAAUCAUCCGACUAUCUGAUACAUGUCGGCGAUUUGGUGGCCAAAGGCCCCUCAUCACCCCAAGUUCUAAACAAUCUAUCCCAGACAAAUGUCACCGGUGUGAGAGGAAAUCACGAUCAGAAGGUUAUCGAAUGGAGGGCCUGGAUCGAGUGGGUCCAAUCUCACAAAGGCGGAAGAGCUUGGCUCCGUGACAUGGAAUCAAAGACACCGGAAGAGCUCGACGAUCUCAAGCGUAAAUCAAAUAAGCGCAAAUGGAAGAUCCCAGAUG